AAGCUACGUGCAUGUUAUCAAGAACAAGUCUUCUCUUCUUCUCUUGUAUGGUCUUGGUCAUAGCCCUGGACUUGAAUUGUUUAGGGCAACACCAAUAUGGCCAUGAACGUCUCCACCACCGCAACCACCACGGCCUCCUUCGCCUCCACGUCCUCCAUGAACAAUACUGCCAAAAUCCUCCUUAUCACCCUCUUCAUUUCCAUUGUCAGUACUGUUAUAAAACUUCAAAAAAGGGCAUCCUACAAGAAAGCUAGCAAGAACUUCCCACUCCCUCCUGGUCCGACUCCAUGGCCACUCAUCGGAAACAUCCCUGAAAUGAUCCGGUACAGACCGACGUUUCGUUGGAUUCACCAACUCAUGAAGGACAUGAACACCGAUAUUUGUCUGAUCCGUUUCGGAAAAACUAACGUUGUUCCUAUUAGCUGCCCUGUCAUUGCUCGUGAAAUCCUGAAAAAGCACGAUGCUGUCUUCUCUAACAGGCCAAAGAUUCUCUGCGCUAAAACAAUGAGCGGCGGAUACUUGACGACGAUUGUGGUGCCAUACAAUGAUCAAUGGAAGAAAAUGAGGAAGGUCCUAACUUCAGAGAUCAUUUCUCCAGCUAGGCACAAAUGGCUCCAUGAUAAGAGAGCUGAGGAAGCAGAUCAGCUUGUGUUCUAUAUCAAUAACCAGUACAAGAGCAACAAGAAUGUGAAUGUGAGAAUUGCGGCAAGGCAUUACGGUGGAAAUGUGAUCAGAAAGAUGAUGUUUAGCAAGAGAUACUUCGGCAAAGGGAUGCCUGAUGGAGGACCAGGGCCUGAAGAAAUCAUGCACGUUGAUGCAAUUUUUACAGCACUUAAAUAUUUGUAUGGAUUUUGCAUCUCUGAUUACUUGCCUUUUUUGGAGGGGCUUGAUCUUGAUGGCCAGGAAAAGAUUGUGCUUAAUGCAAAUAAGACCAUAAGGGAUCUUCAAAACCCAUUAAUAGAAGAAAGGAUUCAACAAUGGAGGAGUGGUGAAAGAAAGGAAAUGGAAGACUUGCUUGAUGUUUUCAUUACUCUUCAGGAUUCAGAUGGCAAGCCAUUGCUCAAUCCAGACGAGAUAAAGAAUCAAAUCGCUGAAAUUAUGAUAGCAACAAUAGACAACCCAGCAAACGCCGUAGAAUGGGCAAUGGGGGAGCUGAUAAAUCAACCAGAACUUCUGGCAAAGGCCACAGAGGAACUUGACAGAGUGGUCGGCAAAGACAGGCUUGUGCAAGAAUCUGACAUCCCUAAUCUUAAUUACGUCAAAGCCUGUGCAAGGGAGGCCUUCAGGCUCCACCCAGUUGCAUACUUCAACGUCCCUCACGUAGCCAUGGAAGACGCCGUCAUCGGCGAUUACUUCAUUCCAAAGGGCAGCUGGGCAAUUCUUAGCCGCUACGGGCUCGGCCGGAACCCAAAAACAUGGCCUGAUCCACUCAAGUACGACCCAGAAAGGCACUUGAACGAGGGCGAAGUGGUGCUGACUGAGCACGACCUUAGGUUCGUCACAUUCAGCACUGGACGUCGUGGGUGUGUCGCUGCUUUGCUUGGAACCACCAUGAUUACGAUGAUGCUGGCCAGGAUGCUUCAGUGCUUCACUUGGACUCCACCCCCUAAUGUAACCAGGAUUGAUCUCAGUGAGAAUAUCGAUGAGCUUACUCCAGCAACACCCAUCACUGGAUUUGCUAAGCCACGGUUGGCUCCUCAUCUCUACCCCACUUCACCUUGAAUUAAAGCCCAAAGAUGGGAAGGGAUGAAUGUGAGUUGUUAGAAGUUUUAAUAAAAAAAUUAUUGGGUUUAUAUGUGUAAUUACGUGGUAACCUUACAAAGUGUCUGUUAUUGAGAGUUUUAAUCUCUCAAAAUAAUUUGUGUGGCUAAGAUUUCUUCAUCUUUGUAUCUCUUGCAAUUGUUUGCUCUAUAAAACAUCUUAUUUCCUUA